AUGGCAUGCAUUCAACCACCCGAACAUGAUGUACAUAUACAUCAUGUAGAGUGCUUACGUGAUGGUGGCAUUUUGGAUAAGGAUGAUCAACUUUUUGACGUUUUUGAUGACAAAAAAGAUCAGAUAUUAGCGAUUCACGAUGAAUCUGAUUCUUUGCCUACGUAUGCUUCUCAUUUUGUCGUUGAUGGAACAACGCCUUCUUCGACGUCUUCUUCAGCCACUGGAAAAUCUUCCACACCUAUAGAAAGCCCUUCUUUUGAGAGCAAAUUAAAUGUCAUAUCCAGUUCUAGUGAUGGCGAUGUCGUAGAAAUAACAAAUACUACUUUGCCUUCAACAGGUGAUUUACGCGUGAUUUCGGACAACGUGCAUACGCUGCAACAAAAUCCUACAUCAUCCUUUGGGAUAGCAGAUUCUGCUUCUGUUUCUGCUUCUGCUUCAUGCAGUAAUCAACCGUUCACACAUUUUGAACAGAAACGUGGCGGCUUUUUAAAUUCAACACGUAUCCAACAUUCCGCAUUGAAAACUGCGAAUUCGCCUCCAAAAACUAAAUAUCGUGUCACUAUAUCGCCAGAUGCUCAACGACAUGCACAACAAGAAGCUAUGUUACCUUCUCAGACAGAAUCAUUGUUGACACGAGCAUCCAUUCGAAAGUCACGUCUUACCGAUAACUUUUUUGAAGCAAAGGAACGAUUACAAGAUAAAUUUACUAAUACAUCAGACAGUCGGACAACCAAAACAGAAAUAAAAGCAUCCAAAUUGAUACCACCAAUGGAAGCAAUUAAUCCAGCACAGACAGUGAUUGCACUCUCAGAUACCACGAUUAAUAUUCACUUAGGCAUUGAGAUCUCCCCUGUGUAUGAUACAGUAAACAGUACACGACUACAAGCAGUAGAAAUCAGGCAAAUUGAUGAAGAUGGACGAAUAGGUAUUGAUGGGCGCCUUCGAACUGGAGAUCGUAUUGUAGAAAUUAACCAACGUCCGGUUUAUCAGAUGUCCCUUUCACGAGCUCGAGCUUACUUACACGAAAUGCAAACAAUCUCCCAUCCAAGCCUAACGAUUGAUCGUUCUAUAGAAACAUUUGUUAGCGAUGCAGUUUCUCAUCAUAGUCAGUCAUCAACAGGUAGUCUACAAAAACGGCCAUUACUAUCUGCUUUACAGCAAGCAAAUACAACAACUCUUGGGACAACAUUUCCGGUUGAAAUUACUAAAAGGAAUAAUGGCUUCGGUUUUACCAUAACAAGUCGUGAAACUGCAAAGGGCGAACGAUUAUUUUACAUUGGGACCGUAAAAGCUGGUGGGGCAGCAAUUAAUAAAUUGAGAGCUGGUGAUCGGUUAUUACAGGUUUUACAUGGUGGCGCUGCGUAUAAAGAUGGUCGAUUACAAGUAAAUGAUCAAUUAAUAGGAAUUGAAGAUAUUGACCUGAAGCGAAUGAGUAAAAAUUCAGAUGCUAGCGAUGCAAUUACGAGAUGCUUGAAAAACAUUGGACCGAAUGCUAGCAGCGUGCGCUUACGAGUUGCAAGAAAAAUCGUCUUGCAUCAUCACACUGUUUCUUCAAGUGUAGGAAAUUGCACAGAUGAAUCAUUGGAUCCAAUUUAUGAUAAAUCUGACAAAAAUGAUAAUUUUAAGACAAAAUCAGCGGAAGCCUCGCUUUUAAACGAACAGCAAUUACGACAGAAUAAAUUCAGACAACAACUAAGAAAUUCAAACGAAGAUUCAGAUUCGUUUACUAGCGAUCGACAUAGAAGUGUGUCAGAAGAUGAAAUUAGUCGCGUUGAUGUGGAUGCUUUCAGUAGAAAGAGUCCUGCAAGAAGGUCGAUAUCAGAAAAACGUCACAUGGGUGUUGCGAGCGAUCUCACUAGCUCAACAUUUUUACAAAAUAUCAAGCGUAAUCGUCAAACAAGUGCACCUGUUUUACAACGUUUCGCUCCAUUUGUGAGCCCACCACAGCAAUCACGUAUGACAUCUUCAACACGUAGUGCAACAUCUUUGAGAGAAAGAUGCCGCUGUCGAAGUUCAGCGUUAUUUCGAUCUUCUACUGGUACAGGGGUCAUAAAGUUAUCGUCUACUAAUUAUCAUGAUGGAAAUCUUCCACUUCCAUUAGAAAAUUUUACUUCUAGUACCAAUUAUAAUGAAAGCAUUACUGAUGCUUGUACAUCACUAUCUCCAAAUCGUCGUUCACAAAGCCUCGAAAGUGUGGAGGCGCAGAAGUCAUCCAUACCAGAAAGUUUUUCAUCGCAUCCAAAUGAAUCAGCUCUACGAGAUGCUGUUCGAACAGAGCAAGUUGCCAGACGUGGCCAUCCAAAUGCUCUGAAACGAGCCCAAAAAUCUCGAUCUAACGGUUGCUCUCAGCCAUGCACUUCUGGUACUGAAGAUCAAAACGAGAUAAAUAGAAAUUUGAACGAGCCUUGUGCACCAUUACCUCAGGAACUGUCUUCUACCAACAAGGAAAAACAACAGCGGAGAAAAUCAAUUGGAAGUAGCAUAUUUUCAAAAAUUACUCAAAAACUUGGCGGUUCACGAUCACGUGAUGUGUCACCAGAAAAAGCAGCAUUAUCAGGAACUGCUCAGUACGAUUUCACUGAUGAUAAAAUUAAUAGACUAAAAAGUCAUCGAGAAUGGAGUAAAGAAAAUAACCAGUUAGCACGUGGAGCACCACCACCGUAUAAACCAAAGUCAGCAAGUAAUGAAUUCGGUGCAAACGACAUAUAUGGAACGUACAAGACAGAAAACGGAAAGAAGCUACCCGCUUGUGGCUAUAUUCGGGUUGCAAAUUCCAAGUUCUACAGUAAAUUUAUUGAGAGGAACAAAGAACAAUCGAAAGGAGAGCGUGCCAAAAUGCAGUGUACAUUGGAGAAGGAUAUGACAGUAUCCAACGAGCGAACACACAUACCACAUAUCAACCAACAAAGUAUACUCAAAUAUGAAAGCCGUCAACAGCAAUCACACCGACAGCUACAGUACUAUUACUACGGCGGACAAGACCAACAGCAGCAGCAACGAGAACAGUAUUAUGCGAGAUCCGGUAGUGACUACUAUGACGCAUUUAAUGCCUGGUUUGCACACAGUGCCGAAAAUGGUAAUGUGCCCUAUAAUAGAGAAGAUUCCGUUCAUGCCCAAGUAAACUCCCUCCAGGAGCAGUGCGAACAGGACAAGUCGUCGAAAGGAUUGGCCCUUAUUAUGCAACCGGCUACACAUCCUGUGCCCGUGAUUUUUCCGACUUCUAGAACCUUCAUGCUAGCGCCAUCAGCGCGUCUUUCUGGACGUUAUGCGAAUAGUUCACGUAGUAGUUUACGAAGUCUCGCUAAAUCUGUUGCUAUACAACCUUGUAGAAAGUUUCCAUCUUCUGAAAUCGAUAUAAUACAAAGUGAACAAACUUCAACAAAAUCUAAGGUAUCGUAUGAUAAUAAAAAGAAAUUAAGUGCAAAAAUUGAUGAAUUUCCAAAUCAGUUAAAAUCUUCUGAUCUCCCUUUAUCUUAUGAAAAGCCAUCAUCGAUUAUUUCAACGCCAAAUUCAUCAAGUAAUUUUGACUCUAGUUCAUAUAAACAUUCACAAAGUUGUCCGUAUUCGCAACAAGCAACUAAAGCUUGCACAGAUAUGAAUGCUACUGUAGCCUCCAAGUCAGUGAAAUAUAUCAAAAUUCAUCAUAAACCACAACUAUGCCUAAAGCAACAACCACUACGAGCACGAUCUGUUAACCAUAAUAUGACGACAGUAUCUUCUAAACAGCAAAUGCAUGAAGAUUUGCAUGACAUACAAGAUUAUAGCAAAUAUCUUCGAACAAAACGUCAAGAUCAUUUCAAUCUUGCAAAACAGCAGUUACAACGGGUUACAGUAAUUGCAACAGUACCUGAAGAAAUAAUGUUCUCAAGAAGAAAUGCAACGAGAAGCCCCUCAGAUCGUCCUAAAACUUUUUACAGUAAACUUUGA